CUACUCUCUACACACACACACACUAGACCCAAACACACUUUCUCUCUCUAACUUUCCCUCUCUCUCUCUGUCUCUCUGCUUUUUCUUUUUUGUUAUUAUUUUCUUUCGCUGCAAAAUUUAGCAGAGGAGGAGAGAGGAGGAGACAGCUGCGUCAGAGCCAAACCGAUCAGAUUAUAUAUCAAACAUCAUCGAGUCAUUGAGAUUUGCGCCUUGGAAAAUCACAUAAAGAAACGAGAGGAAAAUCUUUAGCGGAUCAGGGGUGAAUUAAAGUAAAGGCGGCGAGGAUAUAUUAUGAGCUUUGCAGACUGAGGGGGAGAGAGAGAGAGAGAGAGAGAGAGAGAGAUAAAACAGAGGCUCUUCAUAAAAUCCUCUGAUGCAAAAAUUACAACUUCCAAGCAAUUCUCUCUCUUUUUGAUUUUUUUCCUUUUGGGUUUUGGGUUUUAAUUUAUGGGGUAUGAGUGAUUUGGUUGAAAUAGUUGUGGUUUCAUCAAUGUCAUCAUAAAGGCUUGAAAUGAAUGGGAGCAAGAGCGCAAAGGUCGAGGCUUUGCUAUAAGGCCAGGGCAGGGCUUGUGUCGGUCCAACGUUUCUGCUGGUUGCGUGAUUUACAGAAAGAGAGAGAGGGGGGAGGAGUGAGAGAGAGUGAAAGGAAGAAGGAGAGGACCUCUAAAGAAGCGCCAUUUUUGGUCUCGGUAUUUGGUUUUGUCCUCAAGAGCGACGAGGGGGUUUUGUCUCUGUUCAGCUGAGCUGAGCCUCAGGACCCGCCAUUUUAGAGAGAGAAAGUUGGCAUUGGCCGCAGCUUCAUCAGACUCUGAAGAAACGGAGGCUACGUUUGUGGAGUAGCUGUACUUGUCUAUAGGUUGUUUGUUACCGUAACUUCUGGUGGCUUAGAAAUUUAUUUUGGGGUAAAAAUGAAGUUUAUGAAGUUGGGGUCCAAGCCUGAUGCGUUUCAAGCUGAUGGGAAGUCUAUCAGAUAUGUGUCAUCUGAAUUGGCAACAGAUGUCAUUAUAAAUGUCGGGGAAGUGAAGUUUUAUCUUCACAAGUUCCCUCUCUUGUCGAAGAGCAAUCGCCUGCAAAAACUAGUAUCUGAGGCCAAUGAAGAGAAUUCUGAAGAAGUUUACAUGGUUGAUUUUCCUGGUGGGCCAAAAUCUUUUGAAAUUUGUGCAAAAUUUUGCUAUGGAAUGACUGUUACUCUCAAUGCUUACAAUGUUGUGGCUGCUCGUUGCGCUGCUGAGUAUCUGGAGAUGACUGAGGAUGUUGAUCGCAGUAACCUAGUAUUCAAAAUUGAGGUUUUCCUUAACUCGAGUAUCUUCCGUAGCUGGAAAGAUUCCAUUAUUGUUCUCCAAACCACCAAACCUCUUCUGUCAUGGGCUGAGGAUCUGAAGAUUGUUGGAAGAUGCAUAGAUUCAGUUGCUUCUAAAACAUCUGUAGACCCUGCCAACAUCAGCUGGUCCUACACAUAUAACCGAAAACUAGCAGAGACUGAUAAAAUUGUGGAAGAAGGGAUGAAUUAUCGAGUUCCCAGGGAUUGGUGGGUUGAAGAUAUAUGUGAGCUGGAUAUUGAUCUCUACAAGCGAGUUAUGAUUGCUGUGAAAUCAAAGGGAAGAAUGGAUGGUGCUGUUAUUGGGGAGGCCCUGAAAACUUACGCAGUUAGAUGGUUGCCAGAUUCUGUUGAUGCACUGGUUUCUGAUGAGCAUGCCUUGAGGAACAAAUCUCUGGUAGAAACAAUUAUUUGCUUAUUGCCUUCUGACAAAGGUAUGGGUUGUUCAUGCAGUUUCUUGCUGAAACUUUUGAAAGUUUCUAUUUUGGUUGGAGCUGACUACUCAUUGAGGGAGGAUUUGGUGAAGAGGAUCAGUUUGAAGUUGCACGAAGCUCGUAUUAUUGAUUUAUUGAUCCCAGCUCGAUCUCCUCAAAUUACUAUAUAUGAUGUUGAAUUGGUUCAGUCUGUUGUGAAUCAGUUUCUGAUGCAUGAAAAAUGUAACUGGAAUUUGGAUGUGGUUGAGAAAAAUGAAAAGGGGAGUGGUAAGUUUAUCUUAGGGCAUGGAUCAUUGUUGAGUGUUGGUCGACUGAUUGAUGGGUAUCUUGCGGAAAUUGCACAUGACCCAAAUCUUAACCUCUGUAGUUUCAUAGACUUAUCACAAUCGAUUCCUGAGUUGGCAAGGCCCAUUCAUGAUGGAUUGUACAAAGCCAUUGACAUCUACCUGAAGGAGCACCCAAGUUUGACAAAGGCUGAAAGGAAAAGAAUAAGUGGAUUAAUGAAUGUCAAGAAACUGACAAUGGAAGCAUCGAUGGAUGCUGCACAGAAUGAGCUGCUUCCACUCCGAGUUGUUGUUCAAGUUCUCUUUUUUGAGCAGGUAAGAUCUGCAGCUGGCCUUCGAGCUGCUAACAACCAUCCCAGUGAUGCUUCGCUUUCCAGGACAAAUUUGGAUGAAGAAUGUGACAAGACGGCGUUGGCAGAAGAAGAGAACUGCAAACCUCUGGGGAAGCAUAUGAGCGAAAUUAAGGUAACUGAAGAGUUCCAGAAGAAUGGGAAAUUGGGCAAGAAGAACAGCAAAAACAGUAGAAGUGGUGUGCAAUUGUUGCCAUCUAGGUCAAGGAGAAUCUUUGAUAAAUUAUGGUCUGUGGGUAAGGGGCAGCAUGUAGAGAACAGGAGCUCUGAGACAUCUGGGAGUUCUCAGAGUCCAACUUCAAUUGUUCCUGGUGAUGCAAAGUCUGUUUCAUCUUCAAGACACAGGAGGCAUUCUAUCUCCUAGAAAGGGUGACUUCUGAGCUGCUUAGAAUUGAAUGAGUCGGGAAAGUUCCAACUACCAAGUGUACAAAGGGGUAGAAUUUGUUGUAGCUGAUGAUGAUCUAUCAUAUUGUCCUUCUAUCUACCAUAUAUUAUUUUAAAGGGAGUUCAUUGUAGUUAAAAUUUGUGUGCCUUGUCUAACAUCCUUUGGUUCCACUUGUAAAAUUAUGUGUUUUUGUGCUAA